AUGGGCGUUCCUUUCGAAGCUCUCAUCCCGUAUGGGAUCAUGCUUGGGAUGUUUGGAAUUACUGGUGCUGGACUGUCGAAGCUCAGACAUAUGCAGAACGGUGGGAAGAGAGCAAGGCACUCGCUUGAUCAAUGGGACAGAGUAAUGAUGGACCGCGACCGGAGAUUGACGGGAUUCCUGAGAGGGCAGACGGACAAUUCGGCAGCUCCACUGGGAUUCGAAUUGAACAACCCAUGGAGGGUAUGUUUUCAUAAUCUCCUAUAUAUGUUUUGA